CAAAAACAAACAAAAAAUUGGGAACCGAAAUUUUCAUUUUACUUUUGAGAGCGCGUUCAUUGGAUCACCGUUCUUCGGUGCAUGUUAGUAGCAAGCUUCAUUACGGGGUAGGGGAGGGAAAGGGGAGGUUUCAGGCUUCAGGGAGACAGCGUCAGCGAGAUAACUGAUAACGAAGACAGAAGACGGAUAGCAAUGGAAAGAGGGGUGGAAUCGGAGCCGACUCGGAUAAUGUUGGCAGUGAACGAGUCUUCCAUCAAAGGUUACCCGCACGCAUCCAUUAGCAGCCGCGGUGCAUUCGAGUGGACUCUUCAGAAGAUUGUCCGCUCCAAUAUCUCCGGCUUCAAGCUCCUAUUCCUUCAUGUUCAAGUCCCCGACGAAGACGGGUUUGAUGACAUGGAUAGUAUUUAUGCAUCACCUGAGGAUUUUCAAGCAAUGAAACACAGGGACAAGACCAGAGGGCUUCACUUGCUGGAGUACUUUGUUAAGAAAUGCCAUGAAAUUGGGGUCCCUUGUCAAGCAUGGAUAAAGAAAGGUGAUCCCAAGGAAGUAAUAUGCCAUGAGGUGAGACGAGUUGGCCCAGAUAUGUUAGUUGUGGGAAGUCGUGGGCUUGGACCUUUCCAAAAGGUGUUUGUUGGAACUGUAAGCGAGUUUUGUGCAAAGCAUGCAGAAUGCCCUGUUGUAACAAUCAAACGCAAAGCAGACGAGGCACCAGAGGAUGCUGUUGAUGAUUGACCAGCUUCCAGAGAGUGUGUGCACUUCAAUUUUUUUUUUUAAUUUUUUUUAUUUUUCACUAUAUAAGACAUAUUACAAGUGAAACAACAAACAUAAUCAGAUUGUCAUAAACCAGAAAAAAAGAUAGCAGAAAGCAUUUGCUGGAAAAACUACAUAAGAUGUGUGGUAUGUGAAGAAACCUGUUGUUACUCUCUUAUGA